UAGGUAUUGAAGAGUGCUGCGAUGCAGGGCCGGGUGCAGUAUCUCUAGCGGCCAAUGAAGGUUAAGGAAAUACACUAUAAUGGACGUACAACGAAAAGUACGUUAGGUUACACUGCAGAGCGGAGUCGUCAUCGUCCGACAAACCGCGCAGACGUACACACGCAAGGUUUGGCCACGAGACGAUUACGUAUUAACCGCAUCCUGAGUGCGGAACCGAAGCCAUUCUUCUCACUGUGCUAUUCCAAGAUCUCGUUGUCGAUCGCGAUCACCGAAAGGCACUCAUGUGCAUGGCGAAGCUGCAUGUUGGCGUCUCGCAUACAGGAGAUGAUCCAGGGACUUGAGGUGGCAUAUAAAGUCGCGCCAUCACGCUCGGUUUCGUUGCCGUUCUCAAGUUUUAUCUUCCGCGUCUGACAGCUUGUAUCAUGUAUACGGUCGGCCUACAAUCCGCUGCCGACGCUUUUCUUCUUUCCAGCCUGAAGGCCCAAGUGGCUCUCGCUUCACUUGUUCUUUUUAUUCUUCUUGUCUUCGGUCUUGGCUCUCAAAAAGAUGGUGCCGUUGACGGUGCCCCAGUAUUUCUCCCCGGCUCUCAUCUCCUCGCCAUCGCCCCAUUCUUCCGCCGACGCUUCGAGUUUCUGAACGAUGGUUUCCGCAGAACUGGUCAAACUCUCUUCCAGUUCAACAUGCUCCGAGAGACUGUCAUCGUUGUUUCUGGAGAGUCAGCCCGGAAAUCGUUCUUCGCCAACAAGCACUUCGACCUCACUGAAGGCUUCAAAAUGCUUUCCGGAGCUAUCCCAGUCGUUAAAGGGGUGACCUCCAAUCUUCAAACCAAGCGCAUCGCACAAAUUCAUAAACGUCUCUCCUCCGUCCAGCGAAAUGAGCACCUUAGUCGACUCAUUCCCCCCAUCUUGGAGGAUUGCCGAAGGGUAAUGGAAACGUGGGGGCCAUCAGGAACAUUUGACCCAUUUACAAAAAUUUACGAACUUUUAUUCCAAACCACUGUGCGAUCGCUCUCCUGUGAGGAGUUAGCGGAUGAUCCUGCCCAAGUUGCGCAUCUCAAGGAACUCUACGACACCUUGGACAGUGGAACAACGCCCGCGACUGUCUUACUCCCAUGGCUACCCGGGCCCAGCAUGCUUAAGAAGCUGUGGGCCACCAAAAAAAUCUACGACAUUCUUGUCCGAGCCAUUGAUGAACGGGAGCGUAGUGGAACAUCUAAACCCGACACCCUGCAGAUGCUCCUCGACGAACAAGACGAAAGGCUUGUCAUUGUUGGUUUCAUUUUGGGUCUGCUGGUCGCUGGCGCGAGAGCGACUGGGACAACAGCUUCGUGGCUCAUCACCUACCUUGGUGACCAUGAGUCGAAGGAUGAAGUAAUCAUCGAAGUGGAACAACUCCUGGCCAACUACGCUUCUUCGACCGUCUCCCACUCAUUGUCCCAACAACUCUCGUCCAUUCCACUUGAGGCUUGGGAAUCCGAGACACCCGUUCUUGAUUCUCUCAUUCGCGAGACCCUCAGGAUUGCGCAGCCACAUACUGCUAUGCGCCGCAAUCUUGGACCUGACGUGACGAUUGACGGAAAGACUAUCCCAUCAGGGGCAUAUGUAGUAUAUCCUUUCUCGGACGUCCAUCUGAAUCCGGAGCUCUACCCUGAUCCGUGGAAGUUUGAUCCUAACCGUGAGGAGACGACGGUUCCGUUCGGUUACGUGGGAUGGGGGGGAGGCAAAACGCACUGUCUUGGCCAGCGCUUAGCCCGACUUGAGCUCAAGCUUGUCACUUCUAUGAUGCUACUAGGCUUCCGGUACUCCCUUGUCAACAAGAAAGGCGAGCAACUCGACGCACCCCCCCUACCCAACUGGAACGAUAUCCUACUCUGCAGACCGGAACAAGGUUCGUGUUACCUCAAACACGAGAGAUCCGUGCUUUCAUUGUGACGCAAGCUGGACUUGACUUAUUGGAUAAUGCUUCUUACCCUGCAAUAAACUUUGGAUCGUCUUCAUCCUUUUUCGAACUUCAUUACACACAGGCUCGUCACAAACCCAUUGGACACAUCAUUUAUUUUACCUUAUACUUCAUUUCAAAACUGGACCGGUUCCGAAACUAUGCCCAGAACGUACCUCGCUACCCGUCGUCGCUCCCUUCCCCGACC